UACGUUUCCUUGUCAAAGCCGCCUCCUCUUGAUGCUCAAGUAAACCAAUAUAUCAUACGCACACACAUACGCUGGCACAUUCGCAUACAUGUGUAUAUAUACACACAGACAGAGCAAGUCCAAGUCCAAGUGUAUGAACAGAGACAAGAAGGCAGAAUUUUUAUUACAGAUAACAAUGCAGGAAUUUUCUCCUACGGUGUCGUUUAGCCCCAGCUUCAGUUUCUAUGCCUCCGGUGACGUUGGCAUCGUCGAAGCAGCCGUUAGAGUUGUCCGUGACUCCCAGAGUUAUUCUUCCGUCAAAGUUGACGGCGACGAAGAAGCUGAAUUCGAGUUCGAAACAUUGCCGUUACGUGAAGAGAGCUUCUUCCAUUUCCCAACGACGACGAAAACUUUCGAGCACUCACCAGAGGAGGAAGAAGACGAUGACGUGGCAGCCAAUCGAGUCACCUCGAAGAAUCUGUUAUACGGUGGAUGGAACAUUGAUCCAUCUCUAUCUUCGCCGUCGCAAUCGAAUUCAUCCUCGGAGUCUGACGAUUCCGAAAACCCUACCUCGAGCAAGUAUCACUGUUUCUGGAGUCCGAUAAGAUCUCCGGCGAGAGGCGAUAGCUCAAAGAAUAAAUCAUCAAGCGCACCAAGACGGUGUCGUUUCAAGGAUCUUCUGAGGAGAAGCCACAGCGACGGAGCCGUAACGACCUCGAGCGAAUCGAAACGGUGUCGUUUUAAAGAUCUUCUGAGAAGAAGCCACAGUGGCGGAGACGGGUCUUCGAUUUCGUCAAGCGGAAACGGAUCGCUGGCAGUGAAAGGAAAAAAUAAAACGGCGUCGUAUAAGCCUACGAACAUCGGGGAAGUGGAUAAGCGAAGAAAGACUUAUUUACCUUACAGGCAAAAUUUGAUCGGCGUUUUCGCCGGAAUAAGCAGAUUCCGUCAUUAGUGAAGUCGUUAAUUUACAAAUUGUUCCUUGUUUCAUUAAUUGUUUUCGUUUUUGGCGAUGUAAAACUUUUUGGUGCUAUUAUAUCCAAAUGUACCCUUUUUCCUA